AUGCAGAAGAACUUCAUUAAGGAAGGACCGCAGUUCGUGAUGGACUUCCCGGAGGCCGGUCUUGGAAUGCGUUACUUCAACAGAAUGGAUUCGUUCAAGGAUAAGAUAAACCAAGUGGAUUCGACGACAGGCUUAACGGAGACCACGAACCGCGUCAAGAUAAGAGCGAUCCAAGUGGCCUCGGAAUUGCUGAAAUGCGGAGUCACGGAGAACGACGUGAUCCUGUUAUCUUGCAGACCUCGCUCAGACGAAGCCGUCAUCAUUUUAGCUACUUUAUUCGUUGGAGCGCAAUUGGCUCCUUUGGAUCCCGAUUUGGAUUACGAAGAGUACGCACCACUGCUGAAGAAGCUGAGUCCGAGGGUGAUCUUCUGCGAUCCAAGGGUGGUUGUUAACGUGGAAAGGAGCAUGGGAGAAGGGCAUAACAUAAUUUACACUUUCGGAAAUGACGGUCAUAAAAGGAAGUUCCCGCAUAUCUUCAAGACGCCAGUUGACACGAAAUUCGUUCCCGCUACUAUAAAGAAUCCCAAAACGAAGACGGCGUUCAUCACGUUGACCGAAGGGGUCGUUCAUUUACCCAAAUUGGUGAUGUUGUCGCAUUACGGUGCUCUGGCCAGGGCCACGAUGAUGAACUAUCUGAUCUUCAACAAGAGUCAAAGGGUUAUCUCUUAUUUCCCUCUGGUCGGAACGUCACAGAUCAUUCUCACUCUCAUCACCUUCGAAAGACCACUGGUUAAAGUCAUACCUAGGGCUUUCGUGGAACGCGACGUGUGUCGGAUUAUCCACGAUAUGAAGAUCGAAUUCGCUAUACUCGGGACGAGCAACGCCGUGAAGAUUGCAAGGUACCACAGCAAAGAGCAAGAUUACAAUUUGAGCUGUUUGAAGCAGAUUCUCGUUGGUGGAAUUCCGGCGAGCGCUAGGACUAUAGCUUACAUCAUGUCGGUGAUGAGGAACGUGAUUGUAGCAAAUAUUUACGGAGUGGCGGAGUGCGGAUUCAUUGCUGGAGUUACGCCCGAAGACACGACUUUGGCUUACGAGAAACCGGCCAGUUGUGGAAAACUGUUCCCCGGAAGCGUCGUGAAAAUUGUGGAUUGGAAUAGUAACGAGCCAUUGGGUCCAGACACCUGGGGCGAACUUUGCUACAAGGGUCCUGAUCUUGCGAUCGGUUAUUUUCAGGAUAAUGUCGAGACCUUCACGUACGACGGUUUCUUCAAAACGGGCGAUGUUGCUCAGUACGAUGAGCAAGGUUGUCUUUACAUUCAAGGCAGAUUGGACGACGUUUUGGCUAAAGAUGAGACCGUUUUCUCAGCAGUCGACAUCGAGGAUAUCUGCAUGAUGCACAGCAAAGUCAACGACGCCGUAGUUUUGACUAACGGCACCAUUAUCGUCCUUUACUGCGUCGUCGACGACCCAAAGCUCACGACCAAGGAUCUCUUCGGGCAUCUGCAAGAAAUCCUUCCGGCUAGUAAACUACCGCACAAAGUCAUCAUCGUCAACGAACUACCUAAAACCAAGAACGGAAAGAUCAAGAAGUACAUCUUACAACGCUCCAACACAAAGAAAAGCAUACAAAUUUUCUAA